AUGCUUCCGGGCCUCUGUCCCCUCCGACGCCGCGUCACUGCCCAUCCGGCCCCGUUUUGGUUGCCGACGAAGCCGCAACCGCCAUCACGCCGCGGACCAAGAAACGGGGACCGUCCCCCUUCUACGAGGGUGCACGUCCCGAUGCCAAGGAGCUCUCCGUCGUCGACUCCUCGCGCAUCCGGGGAUCGGCUGGAUCCGGGAGUUUCGUACCUCCCGUGGAGGCUAAUACUGAUCGACCUUCCCGACGCAACAGUGACGAAUUGGAGGCUUGCAGACCCGCGACCCCGGCCGGUUGCCACCCGGGUCUUUCGCUCGACGCAAACGGACAAUUCCAUCGUCCGGGUAUCCUUAACGGUAUUGUCCCCGCUGAGUCCGCCGCCGUCUACGCCCAGGAAGCCGAGAACGCCGGGACAUCCUCCAAGCCCACGGGACAAACCACCGACAACUCCGGAUCGGCCUCCGGGUCUACCGACCGAGUCGGCGAAGCACUUCCGCUCGCCGGAACCCCCGCAGGGCGCGCUGACCAGCCCCCUGCAACCCGUGGAGCCCGUCAAGCGUUCUCGAACACCGGAACGCUUCCGGGACCUCCGGGCCAAACGGGCAUGGUCGUCACAAGGCCCGAGGAUCCGAUCGAUAUCGUCAGAGCUCAACCCGCUCCUCCAGGCCCGGCUCAGGAAGCUCUUUGGUAGCGACAAGGAGAACCUCCCACCUAACGACUGCUAG